CAUUCUCAGAGCAAGGAAAAAGGUAAGAAGAGAGAAGGAGGUCGGAGGAAAGGGGCGAAGGGUAAGAAGGAAAAGGCCUUACCUGAGGGGGCGGCAACCGGGGCCCCACAGUCUCGGGCGGCGCCCGCGCGGGCAGCGGAUCGCGGGCUCAGAGCGAUGACGUAGCGAGGGGCGGAGAACGCGGUAACCAAGGCGGCCCAGACGUAGACACUUCCGUCCUGCCUUCUACGAGCUUAGGUCAGCCCCUCAGUAGCACUUAUCCACGCCCCCGGCGGGGUGUGUGCCGGAAGUCGCUUCCACUUCCGCCCGUUCCGGGGCGGGGCUUACCUCACUGCUCCUCGCUGCACUUCCGGGCUGGCCGGCAGCUGCCGUGGCUCCAGGAUGAUGGAGACGGAGCGACUCGUGCUGCCUCCCCCAGAUCCCCUGGACCUGCCCCUUCGGGCCGUGGAGGUGGGAUGCACUGGGCGCUGGGAGCUGCUGAAUGCGCCUGGGGCUCCAGAGAGCACCCUUCCCCAUGGUCUCCCUCCCUGUGCCCCAGAUCUGCAGCAAGAGGCAAAGCAGUUGUUUCUAUCAUCGCCAGCCUGGCUGCCUCUGCAUGGUGUGGAGCACUCAGCCCGAAAAUGGCAGAGGAAGAUGAAUCCCUGGUCUCUCCUGUCUGCCUUGGGGGCCCCAGUCCCCUCCGACCUACAGGCUCAAAGACACCCAACCACAGGCCAGAUACUGGGCUACAAGGAGGUCUUGCUGGAGAAUACAAACUUGUCGGCCACGACCUCCUUGUCUCUUCGCCGGCCCCCAGGGCCUAUCUCCCAGUCCCUGUGGGGGAAUCCAACUCAGUACCCUUUCUGGCCAGGUGGAAUGGAUGAGCCCACCAUAACAGAUCUGAGCACUCGGGAGGAGGCUGAGGAGGAGGUAGACUUUGAGAAAGAUCUUCUUACUGUUCCACCCGGCUUCAAGAAAGGUGUGGACUUUGCACCAAAGGAUCGCCCAGCUCCAGCUCCCGGGUUGCUCAGCCUCAGCCGUCUGCUGGAGCCGCUGGAUUUGGGUGGGGGCGAUGAGGAUGAGACUGAGGCAGUGGGACAGCCAGGAAGUCGCAGAGGGGACACUGUUUCAGCAUCUCCCGGCAGUGCUCCCCUUGUCCGAGCAAGCAGCUUGGAGGACCUAGUGUUGAAGGAAGCGUCCACAGCUGUAUCCCCCCCAGAGCCCCCCAAGCCCCCACCUCAGGAGCAGUGGGCCAUUCCUGUGGAUGUCACCUCCCCUGUUGGUGAUUUCUACCGCCUCAUUCCCCAGCCAGCCUUCCAGUGGCCCUUUGAGCCAGAUGUGUUUCAGAAACAGGCUAUCCUGCACUUGGAACGGCAUGACUCAGUCUUUGUCGCGGCUCACACAUCUGCUGGGAAGACAGUUGUGGCUGAAUAUGCCAUUGCCCUUGCCCAGAAACACAUGACGCGGACCAUCUACACUUCACCCAUCAAGGCUCUGAGCAACCAGAAGUUCCGAGACUUCCGAAACACAUUUGGGGAUGUGGGACUGCUCACUGGGGACGUGCAGCUGCACCCAGAGGCCUCCUGCCUCAUCAUGACGACAGAGAUCCUUCGCUCCAUGCUGUACAGCGGCUCGGAUGUCAUCCGGGACCUGGAGUGGGUCAUCUUUGAUGAGGUUCACUAUAUCAAUGAUGCUGAGCGUGGGGUCGUGUGGGAGGAGGUGCUCAUCAUGCUCCCUGACCAUGUCUCUAUCAUCCUUCUGAGUGCUACCGUCCCCAAUGCCCUUGAAUUCGCUGACUGGAUUGGGCGACUGAAGCGUCGCCACAUCUAUGUGAUCAGCACUGUCGCUCGCCCUGUCCCCCUGGAGCAUUAUCUCUUCACGGGGAACAGCCCCAAGACCCAGGGGGAGCUCUUCCUGUUGCUGGACUCCCGAGGCGCCUUCCACACGAAGGGGUACUAUGCAGCUGUGGAGGCCAAGAAGGAGCGGAUGAGCAAGCACGCCCAGACGUUUGGGGCCAAGCAGCCCACGCAUCAGGGGGGACCUGCACAGGACCGCGGCGUGUACCUGUCUCUCCUGGCCUCCCUCCGCACCCGUGCACAGCUGCCCGUGGUGGUGUUCACCUUCUCCCGGGGCCGCUGUGAUGAGCAGGCCUCGGGCCUCACCUCCCUUGACCUCACCACAAGUUCAGAGAAGAGUGAGAUUCACCUCUUCCUGCAGCGCUGCCUCGCUCGCCUCCGUGGCUCUGACCGCCAGCUACCCCAGGUUCUGCACAUGUCAGAGCUCCUGCACCGCGGCCUGGGCGUCCACCACAGCGGCAUCCUGCCCAUCCUCAAGGAGAUUGUGGAGAUGCUCUUCAGCCGCGGCCUGGUCAAGGUCUUGUUUGCCACAGAGACCUUUGCCAUGGGUGUAAAUAUGCCGGCCCGAACAGUGGUGUUUGACUCCAUGCGCAAGCACGACGGCUCCACCUUCCGGGACCUGCUCCCUGGGGAGUAUGUACAGAUGGCAGGCCGGGCAGGGCGGAGGGGCCUGGACCCCACAGGCACCGUCAUCCUGCUCUGCAAGGGCCGUGUGCCCGAGAUGGCGGACCUGCACCGCAUGAUGAUGGGGAAGCCAUCCCAGCUGCAGUCCCAGUUCCGCCUCACGUACACCAUGAUCCUCAACCUGCUGCGGGUGGAUGCCCUUAGGGUGGAGGACAUGAUGAAGAGGAGCUUCUCUGAGUUUCCAUCCCGAAAGGACAGCAAGGCCCAUGAACAGGCUCUUGCUGAACUGACGAAGAGGCUGGGGGCCUUGGAGGAACCUGACACUACUGGCCAACUGGUUGACCUGCCUGAGUAUUACAGCUGGGGGGAAGAACUAACAGAGACCCGGGGCCUGAUCCAGCAACGCAUCAUAGAUUCUGUGAAUGGGCUGAAAUCUCUCUCGGCGGGAAGGGUAGUGGUUGUGAAGAAUCAGGAGCAUCACAACGCAUUAGGUGUGAUCCUGCAGGUUUCCUCAAACUCUCCCAGCAGAGUAUUCACAACCCUAGUCUUGUGUGAUAAGCCCAUGUCUGAGGACCCACAGGAGAAGGGGCCGGCCUCCCCUGAUGUGCCCUACCCGGAUGACCUCGUGGGAUUCAAGCUAUUCCUGCCUGAAGGGCCCUGUGACCACACUGUGGCCAAGCUCCAGCCAGGAGAUGUGGCUGCUAUCACCACCAAGGUGCUCCGGGUGAAUGGGGAGAAGAUCUUGGAGGACUUCAGCAAGAGGCAGCAACCGAAAUUCAAGAAGGAGCCCCCCCUGGCAGCUGUGACCACUGCUGUCCAGGAACUGCUGCGUCUGGCUCAAGCCUACCCAGCAGGACCUCCUACCCUCGACCCUGUCAAUGACCUGCAGCUCAAGGAUGUGUCAGUGGUAGAGGGGGGGCUCCGGGCCCGGAAGCUGGAGGAGCUGAUCCGGGGGGCUCAGUGUGUGCACAGCCCCCGUUUCCCUGCCCAGUACCUGAAGUUGCGGGAGCGAAUGCAGAUACAGAAGGAGAUGGAGCGGCUGAGCUUCCUGCUGUCAGAUCAGUCACUGCUGCUGCUCCCUGAGUACCACCAGCGAGUAGAGGUGCUCCGAACCCUGGGUUAUGUAGAUGAGGCAGGCACCGUGAAGCUGGCGGGGCGGGUGGCUUGUGCCAUGAGCAGCCAUGAGCUGCUCCUCACUGAGCUCAUGUUCGACAAUGCUCUGAGCGCCCUGCGGCCCGAGGAGAUUGCAGCCCUACUCUCUGGCCUGGUCUGCCAGAGCUCUGGGGACGCUGGGGAUCAGCUCCCAAGCACUCUCAAACAGGGAGUGGAACGUGUCCGGGCUGUGGCCAAGCGGAUUGGUGAGGUCCAGGUGGCCUGUGGCCUGAACCAGACAGUGGAGGAAUUUGUGGGGGAGCUGAAUUUUGGGCUGGUCGAGGUUGUGUACGAGUGGGCCCGGGGCAUGCCCUUCUCCGAGUUGGCAGGGCUCUCAGGGACCCCUGAGGGCCUAGUGGUCCGCUGCAUCCAGCGCCUGGCUGAGAUGUGUCGCUCACUGCGAGGGGCAGCCCGUCUGGUAGGUGAGCCUGUGCUAGGUGCCAAGAUGGAGACAGCAGCUACCCUGCUACGGAGGGACAUCGUCUUUGCGGCCAGCCUCUACACUCAGUGAAUGAGCCCUGUGUAAAAAUGUAAUAAUAAAACAGCAAACCAUCUGUGUGUAC